AGAAGACCUACACCUUCCUGCUGGGCAAGCCCAACCCCGCCAAGCUGGGCAACUUCCCAGAGGUUGACCUGUUCGUGCAGGUUGCGGACCCGCAGGGGCUACUGCUGGACUGCCGCGACUACCUGGCCCCCCUGGCCACCCCCUGGGAGGCGGGGCUGGCCUGGGCGGGGCGCUACCUGGACUGGGAGGACUACCGACUGGGGCUGGGGGAGGUGCUGGAGCUGGAGCAGAUCCUGCAGCAACGCAACCCCGAGGAGGGACAGGAGGAGGAGGACGGGGAGGAGGACUCGGACGGCGACGGCCUGGGCAGCCGGUUCGGGGGGCUGACCCUGGCGACCCGUGGGUCGGGCACUGCGCUGGCUGGCGGGCCCGGCUCCUCCCGGGAGGUGGCGGUGCGCAGCGCGGCGGA